GGGCAAGCCUGUCAGGCCAUGGGCAACUUGUACCAUACGAAUUGUUUCGUGUGCUGCUCAUGUGGACGAGCCCUUAGGGGCAAAGCCUUUUAUAACGUUCAUGGAAAAGUUUACUGUGAAGAGGAUUACCUGUAUUCUGGUUUUCAACAAACUGCAGAAAAGUGUGCCAUAUGUGGACAUCUCAUCAUGGAAAUGAUUUUGCAAGCUAUGGGCAAAUCCUACCAUCCUGGUUGUUUCCGAUGUUGCAUCUGCAACGAAUGCCUGGAUGGUGUUCCCUUUACUGUUGAUGUUGACAAUCGAAUAUAUUGUGUCAACGAUUAUCACAGGAUGUUUGCACCAAAGUGUGCCAGUUGCGGCAAAGGUAUUACUCCAGUAGAAGGCACAGAAGAAACAGUCCGAGUUGUUUCCAUGGACAGAGACUUCCAUGUGGACUGUUAUGCAUGCGAAGACUGUGGAAUGCAAUUAACAGACGAGCCCGACAAACGUUGCUACCCAUUAGGGGGCUCCUUGAUGUGCAGAGCAUGCCAUUUGCGUAGAGGUGGAAGUGCUAAUCGAAGUGCCACUUCGAUGUCCUCCACAUCGGAGCAGGACUUGCUGGUUCCUGCCAGCUGCCAGUAUAUGGGAUAAGGGAGAUAAAUUUACCCAGGGAUAUUUGUAGUAGUAACUGAUAUAAAAUUAAAGCUGCUUUAACCCUCCGUCGGUCGGAUAUUUUUUCACCUUCGAACGGUCGGAAAGGUCUGG